AUGUCCAAGGUCUAUCAUGCCGUGCCCUCUGAUGAGGAACGAACCAGCGUAGACACAGAGAAGUCUAUGUUGACUUUCAGGGGGGAGAGGGGAUCUGUCGGCGGGAUUUUGGAGAGAGCAAAGACACACUGGGCCUGGAUCGGACAUGCCAUCUUGCUUUCAACAUCCCUCACACUCUUUACAUUAUCAUUCUGCAGAAGAGGCACACAACUUACAGACCGCACAGUCACCGACAAUUACUCGUCAUAUUCACCGGUUGCCCCAAUCGUCAAGUACGAAACUGUCCGAUACAACCUCACACCAAUCGUGGAAGGGCCAUACGUUGGGUACGGGCCAGAGGUUGACAAGGCCUGGGAUCGCAUCACAUUGGACAUUGGCGACACGUGGAUGAGCGAGCAGGAAGUUAAACGCCUGGGGCUCCCGCUGGACUCACUCAAACUCAAGCACCCCAAGACCGGCAAGGAAGGCUAUCGGGCGGCCGUCGAGGUCUUCCACCAGCUUCACUGCCUGAAUUUGAUCCGUCAGGCGAUCUACAAAGACUAUUACAAGGACCUGACGGGUGACGUGGGCGAGGCCGAGAGCAAGGAGGACCUCACAGGGCAUGUCGACCACUGCAUCGAGACGCUGCGGAUGAACCUCAUGUGCCAGAGUGACAUUGGCAUGUUCACAUUCCGACUUUAUCCCGAGUACGGCUAUGCCGACGAUGACUAUUGGCCUGACUUCAGCACACUACAUACGUGUAGGAACUUUGAGGAUAUCAGAAAAUGGGCGAUUGAUAAUACGGCGGCCUGGGAUCAUAAUGUAUGA